CAAAAAUGCUCCGCUGGUUGCUGCUCUUUUCCUUCGUUCUUACAGUCACCCUAGAACCUGUUUUAAAAAAUCAAGGAAAUCAGGUUGAAAAUAGAAUCAGUACAAAAGAAGAAGAGUGGUUUCAAGAUGAAGAUUGGGAAGAAGAAGAAGAAAAAGACCACGAAGAGGGAGACGAAAGAAUAGACGAAAGCUUUAUGGAGGACAUUUCAGCUCGAAAUAUAAAGGAGAGAAAAUGUGGGAAAUUUCCUUGGUUUAUAAGAACUGUCGUAUUCUUACCUAUAGUAAGGUACAAAAUCAGGAGUGGUCUUUUUAAUUUGUUCAAAGAUCUUGCAAAGCCAUCAUCUUAUGGAAUCCAAAACGGGAAAAAUAUCAGAAUCCCAACUACUAAUGGAAGCCUUGGGGCUUGGUUUCUCUGGCCUGUUGGAUCCUCUAUGACCGAUAUAUCUGACCUAGGACCACAGGACACCCUGAUUAUAUAUAUGCAUGGAAAUAGUGCUACUAGAGGCUUUGGUCAUAGGCUCGAGCUUUACAGAUUUUUAACCAAUUUGGGAUUCUACGUUCUUUCAUUCGACUACCGAGGGUUUGGAGAUUCUACAAAUGUCGAACUCAGUGAAACAACUGUAGUCACUGAUGGUCUAAAUGUUUUAACAUGGGCAGCAAGCUUCUUUAAAGAUUCAAGUAGUCAAAUGAAAGGUGGGCCUUUGUUGAUCGUGUGGGGGCACUCACUUGGCACUUCCAUUGCUACAAUAACAACCAAUCAAUGGCAAGGACUUGACAAAUAUCCCAUUAGUGGCCUAGUUCUUGAGUCUUCUUUUACUACAAUGGAAGAUAUGGUUCAGCAUUUCAAGUUAGGUCGGGCUAUGGUCUCAUGGUUAAAUCUGAAUGUGUCAGCUGAGUUGAAAUGUGCAGAUGCCGAGUUCCGUUCAUCAAAUUAUCUCCUGAACAUCACAGUGCCCACGCUUGCUCUCCAUUCGGAAGACGACAGAAUUGUUCCCGCCAGAUUAGGCGAGCAGUUAGUUAAAAGUGCCAUUGAUGGUGGGAAAACUAACAUUAGUUUCCUACAUCUGUACAGAAACCAUGAAAUGGAAAACAACAAAUUUCAAGAUUUAUUAAAUAUGACAAGAAGUAUAAUUUCCAACAUCGUCGGAUAUACUCAGCACCCAACCUGGACCAGGAUCUUCAGGAUUUCCUUAGUCUCGCUAGAAGUAGUUCGAGAGCUGACAAACGUUCAAGUUUAGAGGAUUCCUUUUUUAUAAAUAAUUUCUGAUAAAUAUUUAGUUUAUUUAGUCUUGAAUAAAUACUGAUCGACAUCAU